AUGGGAAAUGAAUCAAUCGAAGAAAAAUUUCCAUUAGUUGACAUUAUUAUUGUUUGUUGUCAUGAACCAUCUGAUAUAUUAUUGGAUACGGUUCGAUCAGCAUUAGCAUUAAAUUAUCCAAAAAAUAAAUAUAGAAUAUGGAUAUUAGAUGAUGGUAAAGAUGAAUUCAUGGAGCAAUAUAUAACAAAAAUAUGUGUAAUAUAUCAAAGAUUACCUCUAGUCAAAUAUAUACGUCGUUUUAAAGAGGAAAAUAAGCCACAUUAUUAUAAAGCUGGAAAUAUAAAUAAUGGUUUAAAUGAAAUCAAACGACAUGUAGGACAAUUAGGUGAUUUUAUACUCAUUCAAGAUGUCGAUAUGUUAAUACAUUCAAAAUUUUUAUUACGUACGUUACCUCAUUUCGAAGAAAAUGAUCGAGUGGCAUAUAUACAAAUAGGACAGAAUUUAUAUAAUUUAAACUCAUCUGAUAUAUUAUGUCAAGGACUAAUAGGACAAAAUAAAUUGCUCUUACAUUGUGAUUCGAAAAAUGGAUCUUCAACUUGUAUAGGUUCUGGCAUGUUGAUAAAAUCAUCUGUUCUCGAUGAAAUAAACGGUAUUCCACCGUAUAGUACCACGGAAGAUUUCAAUUUUUCAUUUUCAGUUCAUAAAUUGGGUUAUAAAUCCAUUUAUCUCGAUGAAGCUCUACAAUUUGGUCUGACACCAGAUUCUUUAAUAGGUACAAUCGAACAAUAUAAACGAUGGGAAUCUGGUAAUUUGCAAGUAGUUUACCGACGUUUUCGUGAAUUAUUCUCUUUUAAUAAACAAACAAAUCGUAUGACAUUUUUUCAACGUUUUCUUUAUUUUACACUUGGUAUACGUAUGAUUUAUUCUGUAAUACAAUUAAAUUUUUUAGUACUAAUCUUAAUUGGUUUAUGGAUACGGUUACCUUAUUUAUUACUAGAGAACACAUCUAUAAUUAAAAUAACAUUACUAAUAACUUGGAUACAAUGUAUAUCGAAUAGACUUAUUCUAUAUGUUAUGUACUAUGAUGUUGCGAAUGGAUAUAAUUUAUCCAAUUGUCAUAGUAUUAAUAUUACUGAUGAAAACAAUACAAAAACCCCAAAGAUGAAUUCUUGUUUGUGUGUACUACAAUUAGUUGAAAGAAUGAUACAAAAAUCAGUGUGGACAGCACCAUUUUAUUUUUGUAAUUUAGUAUCGAUGUUUAUUAAUAUCCCACAAAAGUUUAUUCCUACACGUUCCUAUCCAUCAGUACAUGAAGAACGAAAACAUUUUCUGAACCUUUUUCUAAAUUUAGGUACAAAAGGGUUUUUAUUUCAUAUUAUCUAUAUUUUAAUUGCGUUAGCUGGUAUUGUUUAUCGAUUAACUCGGAUUAGAUCAAACAAUCUUAUACAGUCAUUAUGGUACAUAUCACUUGUUUCUAUUAAUAUUUAUAGUUUAACUCCGCCAAUAUGGUUUAUUAUAUUUCCACCAGCAAUUCGUAAAAGAAAAGAUUUACUUUUAUAUACAGAACAAGAUGAAAAUCAAGAACCGACAGUAAAAUUAGUGACUAAUACUUCAUUAUAUCCAACAAGUAAACGUACAUUGUUAUUACUUAUUUUUCCUGGUUUACUUAUUGUAUUAGCAGCUGUAAGCAUUAUUCUUCUAUAUAUAUCAACGGAAUUUAUUCAAACAUUUAUAAUUAAUACAAAUGGUACUUCUAUGUAA